AUGAGCAAACAAACUCCGUCAGGAAUGACUUUUAUUUCCCUAGUGGAUGAUUCAAAUGAUUCUCCUGUAACUCAAUCUACUUCAGCCGAUAAGGACGAGAAGCAUACAGCUGUGUCGCAGGAGCAGAUAAACGCUGCUGGAAAGAAGCAGAACCAAGUUGAUGACGAGGAAGAAGAGGAGCAGAAGGAGGAAUACAAACGUUCUCUUGAAGAAAUUGAAAUCAAAGAUGCUGCUUAUUACAAGAUGACAGAUCCUGUUCUCCUGUAUGAUAUUCCGGCCCAGGUUAAUUCUUCUGAUGAGUACAUCAAAUGGUCUCCCAAUAUCGUACAGACGAGAAUGUUGCUCAACCAUUUGCAAAUUCCAUUUGAAGUACAAUGGUUAACGUACCCUCAAAUAAAGCCAACCUUACAAAAGUUAGGUGUCAAGCCUUGGGAUUCAGAUCCUGAGUAUACUCUUCCAGCUAUUUCAUAUAAGGGGACUACUGUGAUGGGCAGAUCCGAGAUUGAGGAAUUUGUUAAGCAAAACUUUGACCCCUUAUCAACUCCAAAUUUUACAGAUUAUUUUCUGGACAUCGAAGACCGUAAAUUUAACCGAGCUAUUUCCAACUAUUCAGAUCAGAUUCUUAUGGGGAAGCUUUCUUUCCCACUGUUGGCUUUUUCGGAAAGUAUUGUGGUAAAAGAUGAGAAUGACCCUGAAUAUUUCCAAAGAACAAAAAAUGAAAGAUUCGGUGUUGACUGCCAGGCUUUGGUAAAGGAUAAAGAAAAGAUUCAUGAAAUGGUGGAAGCCAUUUGCAAUGAAUUGCCUGGAUUUAUGGAGCUAUAUGAUUACUCGGAAGCUGAGAACGCUGAUUUACUAUUUCUGAAAGUAAACAAGUAUUUGAUGGGCUUUCACAUUACUCGUGCUGAUCUUAUUAUUGCAUCAUAUGUUUUCUGGAUCAAGACUGCUGUUAAGGCUGGAAUGGAAGAACACUCAUUUCACAAUUAUUGGUUUGAUGCUUGGUAUAACAGAAUCUCCAAACUUCUUGACUCCCCCUUCGAUGGCUCAAAGGUUGAACAAGAAGCGCUUGAUGAUUUGAACAAGAGGAUAGAGGGCUCUCAUCAGAAUCGUGUCAGAGAGUCUGGGGAGCAAAUUGAUGAAAAUGACAAGACCGAGAAUGUCAAUGAACUCACUGAACCUGCCAGUUCGACUGUUGAGCAGCCCCCCGCGUAG